CUACUCGGUAUGGGGACGUCCCCACACCGUCGCACUCCGGCGCCGCACCAAACACCGUGCCGCUCCCUGCGUCCUCCUCCCCGUCCCCGUCUUCAACGUCCAUUCUUCGACGUUCAGGACGAUCCUCCAGGUGGGCCCCCUUUCUUCGACGUUCCGUCACCCCAUGCCGCCCACCCCCGUCGAGCUCCGUCCCCCGUCGAGCUCCGUCUGCAUACCGUGUAGUCUUAGGAAAAGAAAGAAAGACGAAACAUACAUUUUUAAAUAUAGGUCCAUAUCACUAUACAUUAAAAAAGACAAUCUUUCUCUUCUUCCUAAGCCACAAAUUAUACUUACAAAACAUAUAAUAUAAUUAAUUGACUACAAACUUCUCCACCAAAAUACGAGCUCUCAAAAAUCAUUUCUAAUUCUAUUCUCCAUUCAUGCGAUCUCAUCUCCCCACCUUGGUUUCUGCCCUUCUCUACACAACUACUCUAUUCACCUUCUCCUUGCCACUUAAAUCUUAUAUUCUUCACUCUUUCGCUACCUUCUUCUAUAUAUAAUAUAUUAUAUACCCAAAUCAAUUGAUCGAGUAAAGUCAUGAAGAGUUCAAAUCCACAGCCAAAUAACAACAAAGGGUUUACCACCUCACAGAUCAUAGCUGAACUAAAGGACCUUAUGUCGAUGGCUAUUCCAAUAACCGCGAUGAACCAGCUCGUAUUUCUCCGAGCCGUUGUUUCGGUCCUGUUCCUAGGCCGGCUAGGCAGCCUGGAGUUAGCCGGCGGUUCGUUAUCGUUAGGUUUCACUAACAUAACCGGCUACUCGGUGCUAGUCGGCCUAGCAUCAGGACUUGAGCCAGUGUGCAGCCAAGCGUACGGUAGCAACAGCCCAGACAAGUGGAUGAUAUUAUCUUCAUCUCUUGUUCGUAUGAUUUUCAUACUAAUGUUGGCGAUUAUACCUAUCGGUUUCUUAUGGUUAAACGUUGAACGGAUUCUAUUAUUUAUGGGACAAGAUGCAGAUAUAGCCAUAAUGGCUGCGAAAUACUGUAUGUAUUCUGUUCCGGAUUUGUUAACAAACUGUUUGUUACAGCCGUUGAGGGUUUAUCUACGGUCACAGGGGGUGACGAAACCGCAGAUGUGGUGUAGUAUGAUAGCGGUUGCAUUUCACGUGCCGUUGAAUUACGUGAUGGUGGUGAGGAUGGGAUUGGGUGUGGGCGGGGUGGCGAUGGCUUCGGUGGUGACGAAUUUGAAUAUGGUGGUGUUGAUGAUUGGGUAUGUGUGGGUGUAUGGGAAGUGGAGGUGGAGGUGGAGAUGGACGGAUGGGAUUGGGAUGGGGGAGUUGUGGAGAUUGUCUGUGACGAGUUGUAUGGGGAUAUGUUUGGAGUGGUGGUGGUAUGAGAUCGUGACCGUUCUUGCUGGAUAUCUGGAGAAUCCACGGCUGGCGGUGGCGGGGACUGGGAUAUUGAUUCAGACAACUAGUCUGAUGUACACGGUUCCCAUGGCUUUGGCUGGCUGUGUCUCUGCCCGAGUGGGUAACGAGCUCGGAGCAGGGAGACCCAACAAGGCUAAACUAGCUGCAGUCGUCGCGCUAGCCAGUGCUUUAGUAGUUGGUUUCAUUAAUGUCAUUUGGACCAUUGUCUUUAGGGACACAUGGAGUGCCCUAUUCACCCACGACCAAAUGCUCCAAUCGCUUGUUUCAUCCGUGAUGCCCAUCAUGGGUCUAUGUGAGCUUGGCAACUGCCCCCAAACUACGGGUUGUGGGAUCCUUCGUGGGACUGCCAGACCCGCGGUUGGUGUUCGUAUCAACCUCGGGUCGUUUUACUUUGUGGGCACUCCUGUGGCCGUGGGCUUAGCCUUUUAUUACAAAGUUGGGUUUAGUGGUUUGUGGUAUGGUCUUUUGUCUGCUCAAUUCGCAUGUGUGGUUUCGGUUUUGUAUUCGGUGCUUGUUCAAACAGAUUGGGAAGGUGAGGCUUUGAGAGCGGAGAAACUAACGAAUUCGACUAGUGUGGUGGAGAUGGUCACGGAGGAAUGUAAUGAUGUGGCUAGGGAUCAUGAAAAGGGGGUUUUGAUAUAAAGUCAUGUACAAGUUAUUAUAUCACCGGAAUUUGGAAUGCAAGAAAAGAAUUGACAACACUAAGUUAAUGUGAUGUGAUUUUUAUUUCUCAAGGAGUUGAUUCUUGUGAUACAUUGAAUUUAACGGUUUAAUGUUAACUAAUAUAUUGGGAGUAGUC